AUGGCACAAAUCAACGCGUGGGCUAGCAAUCUCCAUCACAAUGUGUCAAGGUCGCUUGCCAAUCUGACCGUCUACGAUUACAUUCGUCUGGUCAUCAUUAUUGGCGGAUAUUGCUUACUUCGCCCAUAUCUUAUUCAGUUGGGAGCCAGGUUCCAAGCAAAAGACCACGAGAGGAAGCUCGACUCCGAAGAGUCGCAUUCGAGUCCUGCAGCCGUAUCGCCAAACUCCUUACGAGGUCAAAUAGGCAUUCCUGAAGACAGCGAGGAAGAGGAUGUUGGCGUUGUCGGUCCGAGCUGGGGGCAGACUGCUAGGCGAAGACAGCGACAGUUGAUUCGCAGAAUCCUGGACGAGGAAGAGCGACGACGCGCUGAAGAAGAUCCGACAGAGUCAGAUAAGGAGAUUGAGCAGUUUCUGAUACCGGAAUGA